CCAUUCAGUCAGAGUGCAUGCAGCAGAAGCAGCAGACUUCCCGCAGGAAUCCUGGGAUUUAACACACUGCUGUUUAGAUGGCUGACAGAAAGGAGUAACUUAGCGAACGGUGCUGCAAACUCUCCGUGGUCAUGCACAAAGUGUCUUGGGGCACAAACUGUGACAUUAUGGAAAAGGAAUUCGAAGACAUUGAUUCGUCAGGGAGAUGGCAAAACCUUUACAAUGAGAUCCGUAACCAAGCAAGCGAAUAUCCUUACAAAGUGGCAAAACUUCCAGUGAAUCGGAACUUGAACCGUUACAGAGAUGUCAGCCCAUACGAUCACAGUCGAGUAAAACUUGAAAACUCUGAGAAUGACUACAUCAAUGCAAGUUUAGUCAUGAUGGAAGAAGCCCAAAGAGCUUACAUACUGUCUCAGGGACCUUUGAGGAAUACUUGUGGUCAUUUCUGGCUGAUGGUUUGGGAGCAGUGUUGCAAAGCUGUUAUAAUGCUCAACAGAGUCAUUGAAAAAGGAUCUGAAAAGUGUGCACAGUACUGGCCCACCUCACAAGAGCUACAGAUAUCUUUUACAGACACAGGGUUUGUUGUCAGGCUACUUUCAGAGGAGGACCAAUCCUAUUUCACAAUCCGAUUGCUGGAACUGCUAAACACAAAGACAGGGGAGUCGAGGGAGGUCUACCACUUUCAUUACACCACAUGGCCUGACUUUGGUGUACCAGAAUCCCCUGCCUCUUUCCUCAACUUCCUCCUCAAAGUUCGGGAAUCGGGCACGCUGAGUCCGGAGCAUGGGCCCUCAGUGGUGCACUGCAGCGCUGGCAUUGGGCGCUCUGGUACCUUUGCCUUGGUGGAUACUUGCCUGGUCCUGAUGGACAGAAGUAAGAGUCGGUCUUCAGUGGACAUACAGAAGGUACUGCUGGACAUGAGGGAAUACCGUAUGGGUCUGAUCCAGACCCCUGACCAGCUUCGCUUUUCUUACAUGGCGGUCAUAGAGGGAGCCAAGAUCCUCCUGACAGAUAACUCAGCUGCACAGCAAAACAAGCAGAGACUACUAUCUAAAUCUGCCCCCUACUUGGAGUCAGAUCCGCCCCCUCCGCCACCUCCUCCUAGACCUCACCUCAAUGACAGCAGGUCCAAUGGCCAGCCAACACCUUGUGUGGAGCUGCAGUCCCCCUCAGGAGACCACCUGCUGCCAACAGAGCCAGAUAGCCAUGACCACAAUGUGGAAGACCUUUCUGGGCAUCUCAGAAAGCGACACCGUGAGGAGAGGAUUGCCAGCACUGCGCAGAAAGUCCAGCAGAUGAAACAGAGACUGACAGACUCGGAGAGAAAGCGAGAGAAGUGGCUGUACUGGAGGCCCGUGCUGCUUAAUGUCGGUGCCGGGGCAGCUUUGGCCGUCAGCCUACUGGUUUGCUGGAUCUACUCGCAGUAAAACAAUCAGGGUCUCUUAAAACUGACUUAUUUUGCACCAGUACCUUGGGUUAGGUACUUCUCUAAGCAGAUUUAGAUGAUAAGAUGUGCAUAUCUGAGGGUAUUUAUUUCCUAAAGGUCAAAAUGCGGGAGCACUGGAUCAAAUGAGCUUGUGUAUAUUUUUCAUGUAACAUCUAAAGUAGUAACAUCUCAGGAUCUCGUUGACAGUACGAUGAUUUAUUUUCCUUUCCUCUUUGUCACUGUUGAUGAAUGUACUGUAUCAUAGAAAAUCGCUUUGAAAGAAACCUACUUGAGGGGCAGUAAAGACAAAAAAAUUAUAUUCUGACAGAUUUAUUUUUGCAUUCUUUAUUUGCUAUAGUCAGAUUUGUCUUGAUCAUGAUGGACAUGUUUUAACAUUUUGCAUUUCAAAAUGAGUUCUGUUGACUGUUUAUCCUACCAUAGAUAAGUUGGAUGAUUCCUUUCCCUUGACAUUAGCAAUGGGAGUUUAUUUUCUUUUAGAGAAUUCACAUUUCAUUCAAGCAUUUAAAGGUUCACCAGAACACCACUUGUUCUUCCAUUUUUAUGUAGCGGAGAAUCGCAAUAUGUUUCAGACUCUGCUAGAAUGUUCCCCUUUCAUUUUCUGUUAAACAAGCACAUGUUUCCCUUCGGUUUUGGUUGUGUGUAUUCACCCACUUGAUGGGUACAUGUUUGUUCAGGUUAUCUUACUUUAGGAAACCAAAGCAAAGCUGUCCAGUUAUAUUAAAAUACCAGCCAAGCAAGCUGUUUAUUUUUACUCCC